AAGGUUGCUAGCGCGACCUCCUGUACUGUAGAAUGUAGUAUGGACCAUAGGACAGGACGAAGAAGUCCCGUUAAGAAGCUGUGGAGGCCUAAGAUGCUCUACUAGUCUGCUGGAAAUCCAAAGAAGACGAAGGAGUAAAAAGCAAAAUGGCGUUUGACAGAGAAGGCCUAAACGUGGCCACUGGCCAUUAUUGUUUCUCUAUUUGUAUUUAGUGCAUACAUGUACGCAUAUAUGUCGUGUAGUAGAUGAAACAUUGUUAGUCAUUGUUUGUAUCCGGAUACAUUAGUCUGAGCGCACUUUAUGUGCUAGCUUAGCUUGCUAGUUAGCUUAGCUUGUUAGCUGCUAACAAAGAGACGCGGACGUUAUCAACACAUCGCUAAGUAGAGAUCAAAUGUGAGUGUAAAGUGUUGUGAUUGUGUGAAAAUGUGCGAAAGAACGAUAGCAAAGUAUGAGGAGGAACUUUGUCCAACAAAAGAGGAGAAGGAGCGACAACAUCAACUACUGGACGCUGUUUUCAAGAAACAUCAAGUUGUGUUACACAGAACAGAUGUCCAGCAGCCCCCUCACAUUAAAGAGGAAGAGGAGGAAGUGAGGAUCAGUCAGGAGGGAGAGUGUCUUCUAGGGCAGGAGGAGGAUGAUGUCACCAAGCUUCCACUGACUGUUGUCUCUGUGAAGACUGAAGAGCAUGAAGACAAACCACCUGAGUCCUCACAGCUUCAUCACAGUCCAAACGUCCAGCAGGUGUCAGCAGAGAGUCAAGAAGAGAUUCCCUCCAAGCAGCAGGAGUGGAGCUCCAGUGUGGGACAGAAGGAGCUACAGGCCCCCCCACACAUUAAAGAGGAAGAGGAGGAACUGUGGGAGCAGCUUCAAAGGUUGGAGGAGGCUAAUGAUGAAGAUGAAGCUCAGUCCUUACAGCUUCAUCACAGUCAAAGUGAGGAGAACAGAGGGGCGGAGCUUGUAAGUCAACACAUCACAGAAGCUGAUGGAGAGCAUUGUGAAGAUAUAAAGUCAGAACCAGACAGCAUCUUUGCUCCACUGUCAGACAUGGACCACAUGAUGUCAGACUCUUCUGAUCACAGUGACCACAUCCAAAAACCUCUGGAGAGUAAAAAUGACUCUAAAGUUGUACAAACACACAGCGUGACGCCUGUGAUUCAUUCACUCAAGUAUUUCACCACUGCAUCCUCUCAAGUUCCAAACUUCCCAGAGUUUGUGAGUGUUGGUUAUGUUGAUGAAGUUGAGAUUAGUUACUAUGACAGCAACAUCAGGAAAGCAGAAUCCAAACAGGACUGGAUGAACAAAAUCACAGCAGAGGAUCCAAACUACUGGCAGAUAGAAACAGAGAACAAUGUUGUUUAUGAACAUGACUUCAAAGACAACAUUGAAAAAGCCAUGAAGCGUUUCAACCAAACUGGAGGUGUUCACACUUUCCAGGUGAUGUCAGGAUGUGAAUGGAAUGAUGAGACUGAUGAGGUUAAAGGCUGGAGGCAGAUCAGUUAUGAUGGAGAAGAUUUCAUAUCGUUGGACAUGAAGACAUGGACAUGGACUGCAGCAAAACCACAAGCUUUCCCCUCCAAACUCAAGUGGGACCAAGAAAUACUUAGACUAGACCACAAUAAGUAUUAUUACACUGAGGAAUGUCCUUCUUACUUGAAGAAGUAUGUGGAGUAUGGGAAGAAGGUCCUAAUGAGAACAGAGCUUCCAGAGGUGUUCCUCCUCCAGAAGACGCCGUCCUCUCCGGUCACCUGCAUGGCGACAGGUUUCUACCCCGACCUAGCCGACCUGUUUUGGAGGAAAGACGGCGAGCAGAUCUUGGAGGACGUGGAACACGGAGAGCUGCUCCCCAACCACGACGGAACCUUCCAGAUGUCGGUGGAGCUGAAAGUGGAGGUGACGGCCGAGGUGGAGGGCAAGUACGAAUGUGUGUUCCAGCUGUCUGGCGUCAAGGAGGACCUGGUCACCAAGCUGGAGAGAAGAAGCAUCCUGAGCAACGCAAGCCAUGAAGGCAACGUGAGCGUCACUGCCACGCUGGCGGUCCUCGCUGUGGUGGUCCUCCUGGCGGCCGCCAUCAUCAUCAUCAUCUUCAUCAUCAAGCGUCGCCCAAGCAGACAAGCCCAAUACGAUCCAGCUGCUGGUGACGCUGGUAACGAGCUCUCAGAGAGACGUGAAGGCUGAAGGCUGAGUGAGACACAGAUGCUUUGUGCACUGGAACACAGAGAGAUGUCUCCAUCGCUGAGGGACCUCAUCACACUUGGACAUUUAUGCACUAAUUGCUCCUCAUCUCAUCCAUCAUGUCUUCUUUGGCUCUUUAUGGCUGAGAAAAUCUGCAUUUUUCAACAAUAUUUUGCCAGUCAAUCAUGUUGAUGUUGAUCUUUGUGUCCAUGUAGUUGUGAUGUCAUCAUUUGGAGCUCAUGUGUCAUCACAUUGACAAGGAUUUCUUCUUUCCUUUUCAAACCAAUAGACAGCUGCUUAUCAGUGAAUAUCACCUUGUGUCACAUGUCAGCAUUAUUUUCACUAAUAUUUGGGAACAAUAGUACAAUUUUUAAGUACUUUUGUAGGUUAAAUUAACAAUAAUUUUUUGAUGUAACAUUUAAAAAUGUUGUCCAGUUUUUAUAUCUUGUUAUCUGAUGACAUUAAGCUCUUUUGCAAUGCAGUUGCACUUCCAAGACCAUUAGAUGGCAGCACUGUAUAACUAUUUAUGCUAUGUUGUCAAACUAAAAAGUAGCUUUUUUCCAGGAAGAUGAAUUUGUUAGGUUGCGCCCUACAAAGUGUCAAUACUGUAAGUAUUGUCCUCAUUACACAAAACUGUAAAAUUCCAACUAUAAUCUUAGUUGUCGUUUCCUUUACCAAAUUCCAAGGUGUUGAAAUCGUCAUGUAAAAUCGCCCAUGCUAAUAGUAGCCUGUCUAUGGCAAAUCCUAUGUAAAUUAGCAAUAAGCUAGCGCAUUUUGAAAGAGUGUAGCCUUACUUUACGUUUGAGCGUUUUUUUUAUGAAGCACACUUUGUUGGUGUUGAAAAUGUCAAGGUGACUUAGAGGGAGAUUGGCUGAGUCCGGCCUCAGUGCUGCUUGAGUGAUUGUUUACAUGAGCCCGUGUUUAGUCUGAAAGCAGACAUGACCAGUCUGAAACCGGACAUGACGUCACAUGCAACAAAGGUAUCCAACUAUGGCACCGUUUGAUUUUACGUAAAUUGAUAGUACCGAGGGAAUUCGGUCAUUACCUACAAAAGUAGUGAAUUGGGUAGCCAACCUACCAGUUAGUGUGACGGAGGGGGACAGUGACACAACAUUUAUGACAAAGCGUUGCAAAAUUAUAUUUUUUGAAAAUAUUUGCUGUUUUUUCCGUUCCUUUUUGCAUAGUCAUAUUUUUGCUUGAUUGCCAAACAUGGCGAGGAUGUCAUUUGGGAAGUAAACAAGGUAGGCCGUUCAUAUACUCUUGAUAUUCAGUGUUUUAUGUGUACUAUGUUUCAUGUACAUUCUGGCUGUUUUAUUCAGUAAAAACUUGUCAAAUACAA